CUAGGUUUUCUCCACUGUUACGCUUGUUGGUUUGGUUCAGUAAGAUCUCAAACAUGGCUCAGCAGGAAUACAAAAUGCUUAGUGACAAAAUGUUCACCUACAAAGGAACUGUCAUAACUUUGGCAGAAAAUCAUGAUCUUACUCCAGAAUACAUUGACAGUUUAGAGGAUUUUGAAACAAAGGAUGAUGAUGUCUUUGUUGUCACCUUCCCCAAAUCUGGUACGGUGUGGACCCAACGGAUCAUGACAUUAAUAUAUGCAGAAGAUUUCCCGGACAAAGCCAACCAAAUCACAUACGAGCAGAUGCCCUGGCUGGAGUAUCGGAUAACAGGGAGAGAUUACAACACACGUCCAUCUCCAAGACUCUUCUGCUCCCAUUUACUCCACCCGCUGAUGCCCAAAAUGCUGCAAAGAAAAGGAAAAGUCAUCUAUGUCAUGAGAAACCCUAAAGACGUCAUGGUGUCAUAUUUCCAUUUUUCCAACAAUAUGAAAAACCUGGAUUCCUCUGAGAGCUUCGAUGAGAUGCUGGAAAAAUUCUUCACAGGAUGGAUGGUUGGUGGCUGUUGGUUUGAUCAUGUUAAAGGAUGGAUCACAAAUAAAGACAAAUACAACAUCCUGAUCCUUACUUAUGAAGAAAUGAUCAAGGACCUCAGAUCUGUCGUUGUGAAAAUCUGUGAGUUUGUGGGAAAGAAUCUGUCAGACGCAGCGAUUGAUAAAGUGGUGGAGACAGCAACAUUCAAUCACAUGAAGAAAGACCCCUUGGCCAACUAUGAAUCCCUUUCUCUGACUGCUGCAGACCGUCCAAAAGGACUUUUUUUGCGCAAAGGAACAGUUGGGGACUGGAAGAACUCUUUAACUGUGGCUCAGAGUGAAUGUUUUGAUCGUGUCUACCAAGAAAGAAUGAAGGAUGUACCUCUUAACAUGGUCUGGGACAUCUCAGAAUUGCAGGGAUGAAAACUCAAGACGUGGCAUCCAUUUAACAAACUAAUAAAGAUAAAACACUAUCAUGAUCAUAAAAGGAACACAUAAUGUGAAUGGAUGUGUUGGCUACAUGACCAUAUAAAAAGAGAUAACAAUCAGGGAUUAAUGAGGUCAAUACUGGCCUUCUGAACUUUAUGUGGUGUGAAAAAUGAAUUUUAAAAGUCCAAAUAUUCUAAUGUUCUUAAGUUUUUUUUUUUUUUUUUUACUUUUUCAUUAUUUUUUUUUAGGUUCACUUCAUUGGUCAUGUGGUGUAAAAAAAAAUAAGCCUUAUUACUGUUUGUUUCCAUUCACCUUAUUUACAAAGAAAAAAUGUUUUCUCUAUGUAAAUCUUUUUAUCUAAAUAAAUCUGAAAAUAACUUAUGAAA